CGUGAUAGGCGGGAAGUCUUCCGGUUCCGGUCUGCACCUGGGGAAGUGAUGCUGCGGGCGCCCUGGGGGCGGGUUCCCGCUGCAGUGGCUGUGCGCACCAUGUCGCGAGUGCCCACAGUGUCACUCCAUGAGCUGCGAGCGCUGCUGGCCGCAGGCCGGGCCCGGCUCAUUGACGUGAGGUCCCGAGAGGAGGCGGCUGCGGGCACCAUCCCCGGGGCGCUCAACAUCCCGGUGGUGGAGCUGGAGGGUGCCCUGCAGAUGGAGCCCGCCGCCUUUCGCGCUGCCUACUUCGCCGAGAAGCCCGCCCGGGAUGAGAAGCACCUGGUUUUCUUCUGCCAGAUCGGCAAGCGCGGUUCCCAGGCUACGCAGCUGGCGCAGGACCUCGGCUACACAGGGGCUCACAACUACUCGGGAGCCUAUAGAGAGUGGCUCCAGAAUGAAGGGUAGAUAGAAGGGGGCAUUCUGUGACUCAGGGCAAGGAAGGAGUGGACCGCUGGCGCCCUCUGCUGCUGUGCACACAAGCAUCAAAUAAAGCCUCUAACU